AUGAAAGCCUCUCAGUAUUUUGACCUCGGUGUGGUUUUCGGCCUGGAAUCGUUGCCAGCGGAAAGGACCACCGACCCCCUUAUUAAAAAGUCGGUGGUGUGGGCUGCAAAAACCGUACGAGAAUGUGGAAAAAGGGACUGGGUUAAGAUCAGGAUUUAUCUGUUGGACUUAAUCUACAUUGAUUCAGCCUACCCAGCUUCCGGCAGCAUCAUGGAGAACGAACAAAGGUCCAAUCAAAUGAACAACAUCCUCCGAAUAAUUGCUGAUUUGCAAGUCUCUUGUAGCUACGAUCACCUUCUAAUGUUACCCCACGUGCAAAAAUACUUGAAGUCCGUCCGGUAUAUUGAAGAGCUCCAGAAAUUUGUGGAAGACGAUAACUACAAAUUGUCCCUAAGAAUUGAGCCGGGAAACAGCUCCCCGCGGCUGAUCUCCUCAAAAGAAGACCUGGCAGGUGAGUUUCCAGACAUCGUCCUGCUCUGCCAUUCAGUUUCACAAACAUCCUUCCAUCGGCUGGGAUCCUCCAUUGGGGUUUUCUGCUUUGCGAUCACCAUCGUGGGUUGUUUUUUUUCAUACCAAACCAUCCAGAUGUCUGCUCGGCAUCUCAACUACACUUCAGUUCCUUUUCCUCAACUCUCAACCGUUCAUUUGGUGACCGUUCGGGAAAGCAGCGAAAGUUCAGAAUUCAGCGAAGAACCGUCAUCGGGACUGGAAAGACGCUUCGUGACCAACUUAGGGGACCUCAUCAGUGCUACCAUCGCUCUAGCACUGAUGAUGUUGUCUAGUUGGAAAAAGAGCGAUGGGGACAAGGAGGCCAUGGACGGCUCUUUCCCAAGCUGUUGUGGGUCUCCGCCAGAGAAGACCCUCAUCCAGAGCCCCACACCCCCUCUGAGGGUGAUACGGACGCAUUCGUACGCCCGGUCCAACGAUGGCAGGUCCAAAGCUUG